AUGCAUCUGAAACUUCAUUUCUUCUCUUCCUUCUUUGCCAUCUAUAAACAUAAGUUCCUCCUUCACUUUCUUAUCAUCUCCUUCAUCGUUCUUAUCAUCUCCUUCAUCGUUCUUCAUCAUUCUCCUUCAUCGUUCUUCAUCAUUCUCCUCUCUAUGGAUUCUCAUAGGCAAUCUUCUAGCUUUUUAGACUUACUAACCAGGCAGUUACCUAAUAAUAAAAACCCAUCUCAGUUACUGAGUUUUUCACCUAGUCCAGCCAAUGAAAACCCAUCUCAGUUACUGAGUUUUUCACCUAGUCCAGCCAAUGAAAACCCAUCUCAGUUACCUACUGGUGAGGAGCGUAAGCAAAGGUGUAAGUGGUCAACAGCUGAAGACCUGGUCCUCAUCAGUUCAUGGCUUAACACCUCCAAGGAUCCAGUAGUUGGAAAUGAGCAAAAGGCAGGAACGUUUUGGAAGAGGAUUGCCUCUUAUUAUAAUGCAAGUCCGAAGGUGGUAGGUUUCGCUAAGAGAGAGCCAAGCCACUGUAAGCAAAGGUGGGGAAAGAUAAAUGAAGGUGUCUGCAAGUUUGUGGGGUCAUAUGACGCUGCAUCCAAACAGAAGAGCAGUGGCCAGAAUGAGGAUGAUGUUUUGAAGGCUGCACAUGAAAUUUUUUCCAACGAUUACACGGUUAAGUUCACAUUGGAGCAUGCCUGGCGGGAGCUUAGGAAUGAUCAAAAAUGGUGUGGGACUUAUGGAAGUAGUCAACAAAGCUCUGGUGCAAAAAGAAAGAGGGUGGGGGAACAACAAUCGUUUCAGUCAUCAGCAACUAUGCCGAGUGUCAAUGGAGAGACUUCUCCAACAGCUAGGCCUAUUGGCGUUAAGGCAGCAAAAGCCAACAAGGGUAAAAGGGCCGUGGGAGGAGAAGAGAAGAUUCUGCAAGGGUUUCCCGGGAUGAUAGGAAGCAUCGAUUCUCCUCAAGUCACCUUCUACGUCAAUGAAAGAGAGUAUCACAUGGCUUACUAUCUCACCGACGGCAUUUAUCCGAAAUGGGCUACUUUUAUCCAAUCAAUUUCACUACCACAAGACCCAAAAUCGGCUUUAUUUGCUAAACAACAAGAAGCUGUCCGAAAAGAUGUCGAGCGGGCUUUUGGAGUCUUGCAAGCUCGCUUUGCCAUCGUUAAAAAUCCGGCACUUUUUUGGGAUAAAGUCAAAAUUGGGAAGAUUAUAAGAGCAUGUAUCAUACUCCAUAACAUGAUAGUAGAAGAUGAACGCGAUGGAUACACCCAGUUUAAUCUUAAAGAGUUCGAAGAAGAAGAAGGCACCGGAAGUUCACAUGUCGAUCUCAAUUUUGAUAGGGAAAUGCCUACAAAUAUCGCCAAUAUGAUGAAUGCUCGAACUAGAAUUCGUGAUAACCCAAUGCAUGAACAACUAAAAGCUGAUUUGGUUGAACAUAUGUGGACUAAAUUCGGACAUUUAUGA